AUGGCGGAAGCAGAGUUGUCUCCCAAGUUUGCGCCCUUCUUCGGCAUGGGGGGUAUUGCAUUUGCUAUGAUCUUCGGAUGUGCGGGGGCAGCAUAUGGCACUGCCAAAUCCGGCAUUGGAAUCGCAGGCGUGGGGACAUUCAGGCCAGAUUUGAUAAUGAAGUCUCUGAUUCCAGUGGUCAUGGCUGGAAUCAUCGCCGUAUACUCCCUGGUGAUAGCAGUCUUGAUAGCCGGAGAUCUGGAGCCACCCCCAGGGCAGAAUUACAGUCUUUUUAAUGGCUUCAUGCACCUUGCGGCAGGCCUAUCAGUCGGUUUCACAGGUUUAGCAGCAGGCUACGCAAUUGGUGUCGUAGGCGAUGUUGGAGUUCGGUCAUAUAUGUUACAAUCAAGGAUAUUCGUGGGCAUGGUGCUGAUAUUGAUUUUUGGAGAGGUACUGGGUCUUUACGGACUCAUUGUUGCUCUCAUCCUGAAUACAAGUACAGAUUGA